CCACUUUCAAUAUGAAGUUCAUUACAGCCUUCGUUCUUUCCGUUGCCUCUUUGGCUUCUGCUGGCUCUAUUCAUAUCAACUAUUAUACGGACGGUGGCUGCUCCGACUACCUUGUCUCACCACCCAAUGUACCAACCGACGGAAGCUGCUACACUUACCAAUACGGAGGUACUAACAGUGCCAACAUCGCCAACUGCAACGGCUUCGGUGGCUGCUACUGUGACUUUUACGAGUACAGCAACUGCGAAGGUCUCUCGGAGCCUGCUGGCACUCCGGAUGGCCCAGACUGUGCCUCUAACUAUGGUAUCGGCUUUGCCUCGUUCCAAUGCUACACGGACUAA